AUGUCAUGUGACCAUUGCCAUUCUAGGCUGACCAGGGCUUGUGCCCUGUCAUGGCACACUCGCUUAGCAAGACACCCGGACCCAGCGCAACUUUCGAUCCGCCUACGAAGGGUACCUCCAGCUUCGGAAAGCGCCACAACAAAACUCACACUCUGUGCCGGCGUUGUGGCCGCCGGUCCUACCACAUCCAGAAGUCGACCUGCGCAAACUGCGGUUACCCCGCUGCUAAGACUCGCAAGUACAACUGGAGCGAGAAGGCCAAGCGACGCAAGACCACCGGUUCCGGCCGUACCGCUCACCUGCGGGACGUCCACCGCCGCUUCAAGAACGGCUUCCAGGUUGGCACUCCCAAGGGCGCCCGUGGUCCUGAGAACCACUAAAUCAAUUCCGAUGUUGCGUUUUCGUUCCCCGGGGCUGGAGAGGGCUGGUAUGGCAAAGGAGCCUCGCAUCUGA